AUGGGUCGACCCAAAUCAGUCGCGCGGGUGUAUCCAGACGUCAACGCUAAACUCGGUUCUUCAUGGCAUGAAUAUGAUAAUCUGCAGGUUCAGUGGGGUCCACAGGAUCAUUACGAGAUAGUACGCAAGGUGGGACGGGGAAAAUACUCAGAGGUCUUUGAAGGGAUCAACAUUGUGAAUGAAGAGAAAUGCAUCAUCAAAGUGUUGAAACCUGUUAAAAAGAAGAAGAUCAAGCGAGAAAUUAAAAUUCUGCAGAACCUGGCGGGCGGGCCGAACAUUGUGGCACUACUCGACGUUGUCCGCGAUCCGUCGUCUAAAAUUCCCAGUUUGGUCACAGAAUAUGUUCACAAUGUCGAUUUCAAGGUCCUUUAUCCUCGGUUCGCAGAUUAUGACGUGCGAUACUACAUGCUCGAGUUGCUGAAGGCGCUCGAUUUCUGUCAUUCGAAAGGUAUUAUGCACAGAGACGUGAAGCCACACAAUGUCAUGAUUGAUCACGAACGCCGAAAGCUGCGACUUAUUGAUUGGGGGUUGGCUGAAUUUUAUCAUCCAAAGACCGAGUACAACGUGCGAGUCGCGUCACGAUACUUCAAAGGGCCAGAGUUAUUGGUAGACUUUCAAGAGUAUGACUAUAGCUUGGACAUGUGGAGUUAUGGUUGCAUGUUUGCGUCGAUGAUAUUCCGUAAGGAACCUUUCUUCCAUGGACACGACAAUUACGACCAACUUGUCAAGAUAACCAAGGUACUCGGGACUCAAGGCCUUUAUGAUUACGUAGAAAAAUACGACAUCGCACUUGACCCACAAUACGAUGAGAUUCUUCAAAGUUACCCAAAGAAGUCAUGGUCACGAUUCAUCACAUCGGAGAACCAGCGCUACAUCUCCAAUGAAGCCAUUGACUUUCUGGAUAAGCUUUUGCGGUACGAUCAUCAAGAGCGCCUCACGGCGAGGGAAGCGCAGGCGCACCCCUACUUUGAUCCUGUGAGAAAUGCUAAUGUGCAUGAUGGCGAUAGCGAGGGUUCUGCGGCAUAG